CACGAUUGGAACAGACGUUGUAGUUGUCGAACAGACACAGAACGCCAGACGGAGAGAUACACAGACAGACAGACACAGCAUCUGCAACUGUCAUAACUAAGUAGCAGCAGGAAACACCGAUAUAGCGAGACUCAGACGGAGAUCAGAAGAAGAAGCAGCCAGAAUUGAUUGAACAAUCCCUCUGUCAAUUCCUUAGAAUACCGCAUUUGCAACACGAACUACUGUUACGGGUGUUCUGCCUUUGAGCUGCAGUGGGUGUUGACGUAAAAUUUGAAGAUUGCCUGAUUAAUUGGUAAUUCUGAAAACCGUUUGUAUUCCAUUGUCAUUUUUGAAUGCAAGAGCACUUUGUCGAAAUUGUCUGUGCAACCUUAUUCAGAGCAUUAUAGAGAAGACCGUCGCAUAUUAGACAGACAAUACUUGAAUCCUAAGACACUAUUUGUUGUAUUCUACGAUUCUACUUUCUGGGAACUACAAAAAUAGAAUUGAAGCUUCAAGAGUAUUGACAAAUCAAGAUCAAGCUGGGAAAUUUUAAAAGUAUCACCGUCCCUUUUACGUUGCUAUUUAGACACCAGAUUCAUCCGUAUAUUAUCCAACUUUGCACGCAUAUACAUCAUAGACAGCGAACAUGUCAUUCUGGCCAUUUUCCAACUCGCUCAACAGCAACAGCCAGCUUCAGAAAUAUCUAGAUUCAGUUGUUGACUUCUCGGUCACAUCUGUCCAGGAGUUGCUCCAAGAUGCCGACCUUCAACAGGAAGUGUUAAAUGAGCUUCACAACAUCAAAGGGAGCUAUAACAACGGAACGGGUUUCCAGUUUCAGACACAGCAGGCAGACAAUUCUAGUGGUUCGAACGCAGCUCUGGCAGAUGUCGUCUCGCUAGCAUCUUCUAACAACGAGAAUGCUGUUGGAAACACCAAAGAUGCCAGAGGCGCCAAGCUCUUGGAAAUCUUGCUCCAGCCACAUGUGCUAGACGGCUUGCUUGAGUAUCUUGUAGAAAGUGUCGAGUUCUUCUACGACCAGAGCAUAAAGGAGCAAGAGAGCCUCGACAAGCUUGUAAGCGAAAUGACAGACGCAGAAACUGCAUCAGACAAAAUCGAAGUUGAGCAGGCAGAAGACACCGAUGCUAUCGAUAAAGACGAUGACCAUGAGUCAGACAGUGGUACAGAAUCCGAGGAUGACAAAUUCCGUCGAUGUGUCCAGGCUUCUUCAGACAUUCUUUCUAUCGAUAUGUGGAUCAUGCUGAAUAGAAUUAUAGAGACGCCCAACAUCAUGAACAAAUUGUGGUCUUUGCUAGCUUUACCUCAUCUUGAGGAGAGUUCACCUACUGUGUCAUAUUUGGUUCACAUCUUGGACCAGUUGAUGGAUACAAACAGUAUUGAGCUUCUCAACUUCAUACGCAGACAGCCAGACUUGGUGGACACCUUUCUUUCCAAAAUUGACAUCCCCAUGUUAAUGGACUUCUUUCUCCGUGUGAUCCAGACAGAUAGGGCUGAUUCGCCGACAGGAAUAUUGGAGACGUUGUCGCUGCAGAAACUAGUUUCGAAGUUGAUUGAAAUCCUCAAACCGGAAGACUCGCAGUUUGUAACUGUUUUUAAGAUUCCAAACCACAGGCUUUUCUUCAGACAGACUGCGGCUGCCGAUUUCAUCAAGGCUUUGGUGACAAUCUCGUCAAACACGGCUCUUGCUGUUGUGCUAGAGACCAACAUUGGUCCCAAUCCUUUAACUCGGGAGUUGGUUUCGCCUAAAGUGAUAAACACGAUGAUCCAUGACAUCAUGUUGUACCAAGCGGAAGUUGAUGGCAAGAAGCAGACGAAUAGACAUGGAAUCAACAACUGUGUAGGUAUCAUUAUUGAGCUUAUUAGAAAAAAUAACUCAGACUACGACUUGAAUUGCGGAAGCUAUAGUUCGUUAUUGCAGAACGGUGAGAAUGGCACAGGCGAAAUUAAUUCUUUUGUGAUGUUUCAGUGGCUCAAGGAUUUUGAGCAAAAUCCUCCAGGUCCCAGGGACCCAAUUUACUUAGGAGAGAUGUUAUCGAUUUUCUCCGACAAUCUUGAAAAGUUCACGGCAUUGAUGGACUUGGCUCCGGUUUCCCCAAACGGUGUAGAAACUGAUGUUCUUGGUUUCACCAGAUUCAAGAUCUCCGAGCUUAUAGCCGAGUUAUUGCAUUGCUCUAAUAUGAUAUUGCUCAACUCGAAGAAGAUCAGGAAAAUUAUCAAAAUUAGAGACUAUAUCAGGCAGCAGCAGACAUCCCGUUUGAAGAGUGCAUUGAACGAAACCAUUGCCUUCUCUGGAUCUGAAGGAACUUCUCUUCACGACGUGACUAUGGGCUUAGAUGACGUCUCCUUGGAUGACAUCCACUUUGAAACAGACUCUGAAACUCCCAAGGGAGAACACGAUUAUAGAAAGUUGAUAGAAUCUGUUGAGGAUGUCAAUGAUUCUGAAGAUGAGGAGCCAUCCAUCUCUCCAGAAAACCCGUUUGUGUGCAAGGACAGAGAUGAACACAUCAGACUGAAUCCAUGUGUAGGUGACUACUUCAAGAUUAAGUUGAUAGAUCUGGGGAUUUUGCUCAACAUCAUCUCCAAGUUUACUCUUUUCCCGUGGCACAACUUCUUCCACAACGUUGUUUUCGAUUUAAUUCAGCAGAUUUUCAACGGUAAGUUGAACUCAUACAAUUCGUUCUUGAUUGUAGAACUUUUCAAUUCCGAGAAGUGUGCUUUGGCGGAACUCAUCGUCAAGUCUUAUCGUCAAAACGAUGUAGAACCUAGACCUGGAUAUAUGGGUCAUCUCAUUUUGAUCAGUGAAGAGGUGGUGAAGUUCACGUCGCUCUAUAAGCCUGACUUAAUCUCUCCCAUCAUUGUCAAGGCGAUUCUGUCUGAAAACUGGGACUGGUUUGUGGAGGAGAUUCUUCUCAAGACAAGAGAGGUUUACAACGUAGUUUUGGGAGCCGAAUCAGAAGAUAUCGAUACAUCGAGAACCGAGGCACAAGAUCAAGAUUUCGCAUACGACUCAUCAGCUGUAGGUUAUUUGGAUCUUGACUCCAAGAAAUUGAUUAUCCUUGGCGACAAGUCCAAUCACGAUCUAUUUGUCAGCGACAAGCUGGCAUUGGAAGAUGAGGAUGACGACAUGGGAGACAGCAACAUUCCUGAAGUGCGUGUUCAGAACAUGACCCCCAGUGGAAACAUGGAUAGUCAAGCCGUCGAUGACGACUUUGAGACAGAAGAGUUCCAGGAUACGUAUCAGGACAAUGACUUCUUGGACAACUUAUCAGGUUCGAGUUCUUCGGAUGAUGAAGAUGAAGAAAGCAACGAACUUCGUCGAGUUCCCAAGCAUAACGAAUAAUGUACUUAUUAUGCAAAUUGGUGGCACUAAUUGAUAAUUAUACGAUUAAAAAGUAGGGGUUAUCCCCGUUCAUACAAGCAUUUUCCAUACUUAUUUAUACAUAUCAUAUAAUUUACUUAAUUUAUAAUUAUUUAU